CCACUUCGAGGGUCGUCACCGGCUUGCCAGAAGUACACCAACUACCUAAUGUGCUACGUGUGUGCUCCUAACCAAAACAACUUUUACAUGCUGGAAAGCCUAACCGUUUGUGAGGAAUUCUGCGACGUUUGGUACGAUGCGUGUCGAAGCGCAAUUCUCAAAGGGUCGGUUAUCAAAGAGCUGUAUUCAAAUGGAUCUGAAUACUGCAACAGUCGCAGGUUUAAAGUUGAGCCUGCUCGCAAACAAAACUGUUUCUUUUUUGACGCUAAAUAG